GCGGAAGGAGGAGGUGUAUCAAUGACGAUGCUCGCUGUGAGCCUUGAGCAAUAUUUGCCUCGUCAAAGAAAGAAUGUGAUUAUGUGAACGCUCUGGAAUGAGUUUGGAUGGUCACAAUUCAAAGCAAAAUAUUUAAAUUUACUUCUGAAAAAUAUCAGAAAAUCUGAGAUGAUGUCAUUAUUCGUAAAAGUAAUGCUCACUUUGAAUUUACUAGUCGUGCUUGGCGCAUUUGGGACGGUUGGGUUGACGCGUGCAACGGACCACACGAGGGACCCAUCUCACUCUGACCUGCCAGGCGUGGGUGCGGCAGCGACCGCACCUGUUCUUGACGAAGCCAAUGCUGAAGAAAUUACUGACACACAUGGCCAAUCAGCAGCCAAUGCUGAAGCACUGCCGUUGCCGGCACCCCUAGUGAUGCUUUACAGCACUUUCAGCUGGGGCGGAGUGAGUGGCAACGUCACAUUCUCGCACAAGCAGCGCCCUGACGGCACAAACGCAACGUUGUUGGAGGUGUUGGUCGAGCUGCCUGACGUAGCGCGAACCUUCCUCGAGCCUCUGGAGCUCAAGUGGGCUGUGCAUGAGUGGCCAGUUAGGUACGACAACAGCGACCGCUGCGGUGGAGAACAGAUUGGCAAAAUGUUAAUAGACCUGACCUCGAGCCUGGGCUCCAUCACACUGCCGAUGGACGGGCCUGCGGUCUUCGAGACCGAAGACGUGGCCAUCUUCGGGCCGGACUCCGUGUGGAGUCGCUCUAUCGUCUUCAAGGGACCUGGCGUAACGUCGUGCUCCAACAUCCACGGAGUUGGAGGUGAAGAGACGUACGAAGCAAGGUUUUACAUCCCUCUGGGGGGCUCCAUAUGGAUUAGGACCUGGCAGUGGAAGCUGGAGAGCCCUCCUUCAGGAGAUUCAGGCCUCCUGGUGGAGACCUCGGGCUACCAGGUGGUCAUCUUCUCGGACGUGUUCAACACCAUCGACGACGAGGCCGAGACCUCCGACCACGACUGGGUCAUCUACAUUACUGACAUUCUCGACUCUCGAGACUACGGGGUGACGUGCAACCACCUGACGAGGGUGUACGACCCUGCGGGCAAGGAGACGUGUGACGACGAGGGCUGCCCUCAGGGCAUGCUGGGCAAGCGCCACGGUACCCUCAGGGUGUCACCUCGCAGGUCGCGAUUUUCGAAGAAGUUGUACGUGAGCACAGACCUGCAGAUAACGGACCUGUCGGGCCCGCGCGAGGUGUUCAUUGGCGUGAUGGACGUCACUCACCCCGACCACAUCUGGGGCUGCGCUAAGAUGCGCAGGCUGCGAGUCAAGGCGGUCAGCGCCCUCUUCAACAGUGAUGGCGUCCAGGGCAAAAUAACCAUCCAACAAGCGUCUCCUUUUGCCCCAAGCGAUCUGACGCUCAGUCUUGCGGGAUUAAACGGCCGCGCUGAGGAAUUUCAUGUCCAUCAAAUGCCCUUCACGGCACCCCAACACAAAGGGCACAAUGUUUGCCUUCAAACUCUGGCUCAAUAUAACCCCUAUAAAGUGCAGCCAGGGUCUGAACCGAAGCCCGGUCUUGGGACCCAUGACCAAUACGGGGUGGGCGACCUGAGUGGUAAACAUGGCCUCUUAACUCAGGUUGAGAACUUAGAGGCCACAGUAACUGAUUAUAAUUUGCCGAUAUUCGGGCCCAGGUCGGUGGUGGGUCGGUCUAUCGUCAUCAAGAAAUCCGACAACUCGACAUGGGUUUGUGGCAAUUUACGCAGCAGGCGCCCCGUGAUUCGUGCUGCGGUGGUCUUCAGAUAUCCCAUCGUGGGCGAGAUCAUGAUGGAACAGGACGCCGAGGAUCCCUUCGAGGACACGACUCUGUUCGUGGGGCCUCUCGUGUACUCAGACGGCAACCACAACACGACGGGGGAACACGAGUUCCGCAUCCACAAGGACCCGCCGGGUCGGGACUUCUACAACUGGACGGGUCGAUGUGUGUCUGCUGGUCCUCGCUUCAACCCUUACCACGUGUCGGUGGCGGCGAAGGCGUACGAAGACUGCGGGCCCGACAUGGCGGAGAAGUGCGAGUUGGGUGACCUGGUGGGGCGCAACGGCCCCCUACAGCUGGCGGGGACCAUCCAGCGGGCGGACGUGUCGAGACUCGUCUUGACGGACACCAACCUGCCGCUGCAAGGCCGCUUCUCCAUCAUCGGCCACUCCAUCGUCAUCAGUGAUAAACACGCGCCCGAACAUCGGGGGCAGCGCAUGGCCUGCACCAAAGUGUUCCGACGGUACCGACACAAGGGCGUGGUGAACGCGUGGUCGUCGACGCCCGGCGUGGGCAACCUGCAGGGUAAGAUAGAGUUCAUCCAGGAGACGCCGUACGACAUCACCAACACCGAGGUCAACCUCAGCGGCCUCCAGGGACUCGCCAAGAAAUACCACGUGCACAUGGUGCGGGUGGAGCAAGAGUUGGAGUUCCCGUGCGCGGGGUCUGCGGUGUACGGUCACUUCAACCCGCUGGGGGUGGUGGCCAAGGACUCCCCUCCCCCAGGCACCGGCACCCACGACCUUUACGAGCUGGGGGACCUGAGUGGCAAGUACGGCACCCUGGACGGCGCCUUCAGCACCAAAGGCUUCUACAACGACACCAACUUGCCGCUCUUCGGCCACACGUCCAUCAUGGGGCGGUCGGUGGUCAUACACAAGGCCGAGGACGACUUCAGGUGGUUCUGCGGCAACAUCGUGUGGGGCUACGCACCUUCAGAAGCCACGCAAGUGUCGGCCAUCGCCUCCUUCCACCACCCUCAGGGCUACGCCUGGGGCUACAUCAGGAUGAGGCAGCUCAUCUACCACGACGGUUCCUUUGGGGAGACGUUCAUCGAGGUGUCGCUCCGGCACCCUGGCGUCAACAACAGAAACUUGACGCGGGGCCACAACUGGUCGGUGUACGUGAACCCUGUGAGCGUCGACGCGUCGGUGAAGUUCUUCCAGAGCCGCUGCGUGGCGGGCGGCUACCGCUGGAACCCUUACCUCAUCCACCUUGCCCAGCCCAACGCGGUGGAGUUCUACGACAAGGAAUGUACCCCCGAGUUCCCCCUGAGGUGCGAGGUGGGGGACUUGUCAGGGCGCCUGGGGACCAUAGAUCUGGGGGACAAGAAGCAGGUCUUCGUAGACAGCAACCUCCCCCUCGCGGGCGAGCAGAGCGCCAUGCGCAGGUCUAUCGUGAUCCACAACGAGCGCGGGCGCGUCGAGCGCUACGCCUGCGCCAACAUCGAACCUGACGACGACAUCGUCAAGUGGGCCAACGUCAGGAAGACGCCGCGCUUCUCCCCAAUAAGCUUCAUGAACACCAUGCGUGAGGUGCUGGCGUGCCCCGAGUGGUACCUGCAGAUGGACCUCAGCACCGUCACCCAGUCCGAGGACGGCGAGUGUGUGAGCUUCCUGGUGCACUUCAUGGGCCCGAAGGCGCGUGACUUGGAGCAGGACUUCACACGUCUGCUGUCGGGGGCCGUGCUCAGCGAACCAACCAUCCGCAUGCUGGGGGUUCCUCUGGACGAGAAACGCAAGAAGAAAGUCUCGUACAAAUCCUGCGGUGGCUUCGACGAGGAGGAUCAACUUACCAAGGAGAACGAAAGUCCGUGGUGGACGGUCUUCGGUGCCUCCUCCAGCCAUGGUGCUGUGGCCCUGCCCGCCCCUCUCCUGCCCCUUGUCCUCACGUUUAUUAAUCUUCUGCUGUGGAUUAGGUUAAUUUAAUAAAUGCAAUUAUACUUAUUACGAGUCUCUUUUAAACUAGGGAAUGUUUGACCAUAUCGAUGGUCAUCUUAACUAUCGGCUUCGUUCCGUGUCAACAAGAUGGAAUAACAUUAAAAAAAAAAUCAGUUAUUCUAACUGUUAAAAUCAGUUACGUUAACGUGAUGCUUCAGUUUACAGAGUCUUGUGAUGUACAUUGUAAACGUAUACUGCAGUGUAUAGAAAUGUAUAUGCCUACUGCGCAAUCAUUGUACAGAUUAUUCUACAUCUUAUAGAAGACAUAGUCAUAACUUAUCAUCUUGUUUUAGCCCUGAGAUGAUUUAAAAAGCUCUCUCUGAUGAGAAAGGAUUUCUCAUUUUUCCUUAAAAUUGGGGGUAAAAAACUGUUAAAUAUGAACUAAGUUUUUGAGCGAAACAAAAUAAACGAUACACAUGAGAGAUUACUUUUAAAGUUAAUCGAGACUCAAAUGAGUUCUAAACCAUUACGCUUGUAAAUUACGUCGCCCCUAUAUUUGAUCUCCGUACCUGCUAUACAAGACAUCAACCCUUGCAGCAUCUCCUCUGUUUUGAGCAGUCAGCUUUUUAAAUGUAAUAUUCAUGACAUUCAUAAUAACUUUUAACUGUUCCAUUUUCUGAGCUGUUUAUACUGUCAUUCUUACAGUUGCAACAAAAUGAUAUGAUAUUGCUUCGUCGUAGUCCUACCAAUUUUGAUCCUGUAUGCAGAUUAUAGGAAUAUAAUCUUGAUUAUCUGUACCCAUGCAUCCGCUAGGAUUGUCAGCUCAACGGUUAGGCUUGCCAUGUAACCUCCCGUUAGUGAGGCAGCGUAGGGUAUCGUUCACAGAAUCAUAAUUACUCGCUGUUGAAUGGUAUAUGCAAGAUAGAAAUUAAUCAUGUAAUGCCAUUUGUUUUAUCUCGAUCCCACCUGCUAUUGAAUUCAUGCCCCAAUCAUAGUCACAAUUUCUAUUGAACCUCGUAAUCUUGAUCAUGAUUUUCUACAUUUUUAUAUCCCAAAUACUGCUCUUUAAAUUUAAACUA